GUCUAGCUAGAUUCUGAGUAUCUGCAUCCCGUUCUCUUCAUAUGACAACACUAUAAUCCUAAUGUAGAACGAACGUUUUCGAAAGAUUCCUCGAAAAUCCCGUAAAAGUUAUUUCCUUCUUGAUAGAUUUCCGUAAAGUUCUUUACAAAAAUAUUUGUCUAUUUAUCAGUAAAAAAAAGCUUAUGAUUCCUUGUUGACAUACCGGCACCACAGACUGGCACUGCUGGAAGCGGAAGUUAAAAGUCUUCUCAACCAUCAACCGCUAAAAAGGUGCGGGCUCACCCCGAAAACCCACCCGGGGAAAAUCUUCCCGAUUUGUAUGGCUUUUCUGGAAUUAUUUGCCUCAAGAAAGCUCAACCAUACACCCGGAUUAUUGUACAUUAAAGGACUACAUUCUCUCAAGAUGACAGAAGGGCGUAAAGAACUUAUGGAAUUUCUUGAGAAACUAGAGAUCAAAUCACACACGGUGGAGCACCCGGCCGUAUUUACCGUCGAAGCCAUGAUGCCUUACUUGAAAGAUAUCCCAAACGGAAUAGUUAGUAAAAACCUCUUCCUUAAAGACAAAAAGAAGAAAGGUCUUUGGCUAGUGAGCUGCUCAGCAAAUAGGGAAGUGAAACUAAAUGAUUUAGCCAAGAAAGUGGGUGCUAGUGGUGGGUUUCGAUUCGCAGACGAAGCCAUCAUGGUCGAGAAACUUGGCGUUGGCCAGGGAUGUGCAACUGGAUUCUCACUUCUUAAUGAUAGAAACCAAGAUGUGAAGUUUAUAUUAGAUGCCGAGUUCACUGAUUAUAGUAAGCAUGACUGGGUUUAUUUUCAUCCCAUGGAAAACACUGCAACUACGGGAGUUAGUCCAGAAGAUUUUAUAAAAUUUGCAAAGGCAACCGGACACGAUCCCAUUGUAGUAAACUUCGAUGAAUAGAUUACAGCAGUGCAGUGGCGCAUCCUUAAGGGUUGUUAGAGGCAGGCGCCCCCACCCCCCGAGAGCAAACAUUUUCUACAAAUUUACUCCAUACUCCUGCCAAAUCCUGGCCCCUAUUAAUUCACAUCAGAAGGUCACAUGCUUUAGAUUUUGUAAUUAACAAAUUGAUCUCAUUUUUGCAUGUGUUUGUCCUCUAAUAGAUGCACAGAUGACAUCACAGCGUGCCAUGAACAAAAAAGUAUGCAACGGUACACAUUCAAGUUGCAUGACUUUUGUUCAUGACACAUUGUGACCUCUUCUGUGCAUAUUCUAAAGGACAGAUGCACAAAACAAUGAGAUCUAUUUGUUUCAUACAACAAUUAAAAUGUUCUCUUACUUUAUAAGCAUGCGAUUUACAAGCGUCAUUGUAUAAAUGGUAAUAGCACAGUAUUAUAGUUUUUUUCUGCUGUAUUAUAGCUUGAAGGUGUAGUUCACAUAUCCAGUGAGAUUAUAUUUGUAAUUUUACUCAUAAACAACAUAUGAAGUAACACAGGGAUGAGGUUUACUUGGGAUUUUUUAUUGUGGUGGCAAUGACAACUCAAACCAAGAUAUUUUAAGCUGUGUAGUUAUUGAACAUUCAUAUAUUCACAUUAAAGAAUUCACUCUUU